GCAUCUUUUCCACAAGUCCUGUGUAGACCCCUGGCUGCUAGACCAUCGUACCUGCCCGAUGUGUAAAAUGAAUAUUCUAAAAGCUCUAGGGAUCCCGCCAAAUGCAGAUUGCAUGGAUGAUAUACCUCCAGACUUGGAAGCAUCUAUAGGAGGACCGCCAACCAACCAGAUAACGGGAGCCAGCGAUAUAACAGUGAACGAGAGCUCUGUAGCCCUGGAUCCCCCGGCACGGACUGUGGGAGUACUACAGGUCAUCCAAGACGUAGACUCCUUUCCCCAGGUUGGGGAGGGUAACUUCACAACGAGCAAUGAACAGGAGCCAGCAGUCAGCAGCGAUUCAGAUAUUUCAUUGAUUAUGGCGAUGGAGGUUGGACUGUCCGAUGUGGAGCUUUCCACUGAUCAAGACUGUGAAGAGGUGAAGUCUUGAAAAACAACCAGAGAUCCAACACCAAACUACAGGGGAGGGUCACAGGGAGGGACCGAGUCAGCUUUCUAGGAUUUGGACCAGUCAUGCACAUGCCUCCAGAGCACUGUCACUCCUGCACACUCCAUUCUGAGGUGGUCACGAAAAGCAAUAGCAACAGUUGUAUCUGCCUGGAUGCGGUUUCAUCAUCUACAUACGUUCAUUUUGUUCACAUAGGAGAUGAACGCUUCCAGUUUGCCCACGUGCUUGAAAGCAGUCAUGUAACUCUUCAGUGGCUCAUAAAUACGCAACUGAAAUGACA